AUGUUGGUUACUGUCAAACGAUUUUCACUGUUACAAAAUACAUUGAAGAAAAGAUGGUUAACAUCAUAUACAUCACCAAAAGUUAGGGCCAUAACCUUUAGUAAACAUGGUCCUCCUACAGAAGUUCUUAGAGCAGUCACAUAUCAAUUACCACCACUAACUCCAACAACAUUACACUUAAAAUUUCUCGCAUCGCCAAUUAAUCCAUCGGAUAUUAAUCAAAUUGAAGGUGUUUACCCGAUUCAACCAAGUUUUAAAACUUUAGGAGAGCAUGAAAAAAUUGCCGUUGCUGGAAAUGAAGGUGUUGCACAGGUAAUUGGUGUCGGAGAAAAAGUUGAAGAUAUAAAAGUUGGUGAUUGGGUUGUUAUGGGUAAAUCUGCAUUUGGAACAUGGAGAACACAUGCUGAUGCAACACCAGAUGAUGUUAUUCGUAUUCCACAUGAAGGAGUUGGGAUAGUUAGAGCUGCUACUUUAACAGUAAAUCCUUGUUCUGCUUAUCGUAUGCUAAAAGAUUUUGUCGCACUGAAAGAAGGUGAUUUUGUAAUUCAAAAUGGAGCAAAUAGUGGAGUUGGUCAAGCAGUAAUCCAAAUCGCUAAGGCGUGGAAUAUUAACACGAUAAAUAUCAUUAGAGAUAGGCCAAAUUUUCAAGAGUUAAAAGAUUAUUUGAAAUCUAUUGGUGCAACAUAUGUAAUAAGUGACAAAAAUUUACAAGCAAAAAAUCAUGAAUUUGAAUGGAAUAAGGAUAUAAAGGGUAAAGGGAUUGCUUUAGGUUUAAAUUGUGUUUGUGGCAAAGGAGUAAUUUCCAUGGCAAAACUUCUCAGGCAUUCUUCUCCAUUAAUAACAUAUGGUGCAAUGUCACGUCAACCUUUAACGAUUCCAGCAUCACUAUUGAUUUUUCAGAAUUUGAAAUUUUUUGGAUAUUGGAUGGCAAGAUGGGGUAAUGAAAAUCCUAAAUCAAAAAGGAUAGAAAUGUUGAAUGACAUUAUUGAAUUAAUUAAACAAGAUAAGUUGAGAGAUGUCGUUUGUGAAGAAAAUAUUUGGGGUGUAAAUGAUAAGGAAGAUGUAAGUGAUGAUGCAUUGACGCACGAAUUUUUGGAGAUACUCAAAAAGGCUACAGAAGAGUUUAGAGGAAAAAAACAACUUAUUAAGAUGAUAUAG